CUCUAGUCUCCAAAGCCCGAAACUAAAAAAAUGGCCCAAAUGCCAAACCAACCAGACAUUCACCCGCCCAUUCACACGCCCUAAGCAACGACCGAACUGGCAGUUCGUUCGUCUUCGCUACUCGAAGUCACAACUCAGUCGUAUCGUUCUCUUCGACAGUAGCUCACGGCUCACGCGGGUCGGCCGUCGGUGCACGAAGCCUCUAUUUUCUAGCCGCUAGGGCUCUGCGCCUCUGUAGUUCUGCUUUUCGCCUCUUCAGAUUUGAGAACAAUACUUAGUAUUGCAACUAUUUCUGUAUAGCUCUGGUUGAAGCGAUUGCACAAGAAAUAAAAUGUCAGGUAGAAAAGAAACAGUUUUAGAUUUGGCAAAGUUUGUUGACAAGGGCGUGCAAGUUAAGCUUACUGGUGGCAGACAAGUCGUCGGAACACUAAAAGGCUAUGACCAAUUGCUGAAUCUUGUCUUGGAUGAAGCCAUCGAGUAUCUUCGAGAUUCUGAUGAUCCUCUCAAGACAACAGAUCUAACACGGCGCCUUGGACUAAUUGUUUGCAGGGGGACUGCAGUUAUGCUUGUGGCACCAACAGAUGGAACCGAUGAGAUCGCCAAUCCUUUCCUCCAGCCAGAUGGCGCUUAGAUCUGUCACUCAUCAUCAACGAUCCAUCUAUUAUUUACCUCUUUUUGUGUAAAACAGCUUAUGCUUUGUUUGUUUUCCCUGUAUCUAAGGGUUCAAGAUAGAAUAUGAGGAUUUGCCAUGGGAGAAACUAUAUAUAAAGUGUUGUCUUUAGCCUGUUUUUAUGUUUAUCAAUGGAGAAAUUUGACUUUGCAUAUCACUUUUUUAUUGAUAUUGAACUUUGCAUCCCACAGUUCCCGCUUCAAAAAACUUUGUUUAUCG